AUGAUGCUUAUUAAGCUCAGCAUUGGCGUUUUCUUGUUACGGCUGGCCACGAAAAAGCUUUAUAUUUGGAUAAUUCGAGCAGCUUUGGUCAUUGUCACCCUCUGGAGCUUGGGCAUCUUCAUAUGGGAUGUCUUUCAAUGCACGCCAGUGGCGAAGCAAUGGGACUUUAGGAUCACGACAGGUCACUGUGCAGGGCCGAAUGAGAUCAUUUCAGCAGCCUAUGCUCUCAGUGUCAUGACAAUCCUAUCGGACUGGUUCUUCGCACUCAUUCCUAUUCCCAUGCUGUGGGGUGUCAAGAUGACCAAACAAGCCAAGGCUACAGUCAUUGUCAUUCUUGGUCUCGGUGUCUUCGCCAGUAUCGCCACGCUCAUCAGGCUCAAAUUCCUAGCGGGCCUCGAGGAGACUGACGAUUUCUUGUUCUCAGUUACAGACGCCACGAUAUGGAGUCUGGUGGAACCGGGUGUGGCUAUCAUCGCAUCCAGCCUGGCAACUAUCCGGCCUCUCCUCCGCGCCCUCAAAAUUCGAGGCUUCCUAUCGACCGACAAGUACCCCAGCAGCGGCAUUUCAGGAGCCGCACGCUACGGACGUGGAAGUCGAAAUACGCGUGGGUCUGUGCCGGGCCAUGGUCCGACCGACGUGUCUCUCCACAGCGUGACCAAAAAGAGCGACAUCCGGUCCAAAUAUGCUGGUUCCACCAUUGACGAAUCUCACGACGAGAUCCAAACGAGUAGUCAGAAUAGUGGCGACGCGCCCAGCGACGCCAAGAGCGAAACUUUUGUCAUUGAAGGCGCUGAAAAUUCGCCCACGUUGAGCACACAUGGUUUGAGACCGGCAAACCGAGUCAUGGAUGAACUUGCUGAUUUGGAGUCCCACGGACGGGAAUACCAGUUGAAAAAGGGAUGGGGCGUUUAA